AUGAGCAAUCUCAAUUUCAUCUCAACUUUCUAUCCUCCUCGCCAUCUAAUUCUUCAUCUGUUUUCUGCUCUCUGCAUCAUCUCAAGCAUCCCGUUCUCGGCUUCAGAGAUCAAGAACACGCGCAUCAUUGAAGACUCGAGACCCAUGAUCUUGUUUGAGCGAUUUGGCUUCGGAGCAGACGGCCAUGUCGCCAUAGCUAUCAAAAACGUCUCGUGGAAAUCAAAGCAACARAAUUCAGAACUGGACCCGUCUUCAAUGGGUUUCUUCCUUCUAAGAGAAUUGUCCUACCCGAAGAUCUUGAACGAAUCGGAGUACACCGAUAGCUUCUGCAUCGUGUCGAGCCGUUACGUGGAACUGAUAUUCAAAUUUGAACAGCUUUACCCCGAUUCCACAUACAACGGUUCAGUCAUCGUCGAACAUCCCGACGAGUACAGUCUGGUUUUCGGCAACUGCCAGCCGGAGUACGAAGUUUCCAUGGAUGUCCACACAGAGAUGUACAACGUGGAGGGUGGUAGAAAGGAUUUCCUUCCGGCCGGCCAAACUCAGCUGCCGAAACUGUAUUUUCUCUUCUUUCUGGUCUACACGGCCUUCUUCACUCUAUGGGUUUCCGUCUGCAUCAAGCAGAGUCCGACAGUCGACAAGAUUCACAUAAUAAUGGGGGCCUUGCUUCUGGUUAAGGCACUGAAAUUGAUCUGUGCGGCGGAGGACAAGUUCCAUGUAAGAAACACAGGAACCCCACAUGGCUGGGACGUAGCUUUCUACAUAUUUGGCUUCUUCAAAGGUAUAAUGCUCUUCACUGUGAUCAUCCUCAUCGGAACAGGCUGGUCAUUCCUGAAGCCGUACCUCCAGGAGCGAGAGAAGAACGUCCUGAUGGCCGUGAUACCGCUGCAAGUGCUGGAGAACAUAGCUUCGGUGGUGAUCGGAGAGACGGGCCCGGCAACCAAGGACUGGUUGACAUGGAACCAGAUCUUCUUGUUGAUUGACAUCGUCUGUUGUUGCUUUGUGUUCUUCCCGAUUAUCUGGUCGAUCAGGAGCCUCCGGGAGGCGUCCAAGACCGACGGGAAGGCCGCUAGGAACCUGGCCAAGCUAACCCUUUUCAAGCAGUUCUACGUUGUCGUGGUGGGAUACUUGUACUUCACCAGAGUGGUGGUUUCUGCACUAGGAGCCAUUAUCAGUUACAGAUUCGAAUGGGUUGUGCCGGCUGCGGUGGAGGGUGCAAGCUUGCCCAUCGAGAGGAAUCCCUACUUUGUGAUUGACGAUGAUGAAGAAGCAGCUGCAGCCCAAGUUUUGGAGGAUGAUGACUCCUUCCAACUGUGA